GACCAGCCACACCCCCGUCAUUUUGAGAUAGUCUUCACCUCUGCUGCAGUUUCUCUAUCCCUCUCUCUCUCCUCUUCCUAUCAUCUCUUCCAUUCCUUUCUCCACAUCCUAGCAGACUAGUCUUGAAUGGAACUGGGUCUGCAGUCACAAUAAACCAAAAAACGCUUCACCAUCGACCCUCCUAGUCUCUCCAGCCUUCCUUCACUAGCUACAAAUACCCUCCACAUAAUGCCAAUAGCUAAAGUGGACGCUCGGUCCUUUAACUAUGCUAAGCAGAUUGACUGGUUCCUCAGGUCUCCAGCAUCUUCUUCUCACCCUCGCCACUCUCUCUCUCCUCCACCAGACAGCCCUGAUGGUCCUGUGUCAGGUUCUCCUGCUCACCAUCUUCCAGCUCAUCGUACCUCCUCCUCUUCUCUAUUAGUUGAGACAGAGACGCAACUCUGGAAAGACCUAACCACCAGUCAAGAUGCAGUAACAAGUUACAUCAUUUGUCUUAUUGCUAAACUCAUUUCACUAGACAGUGGACAAAGUCAUAGGCCCCUCACUGAUGUCUAUAAGGACAUCAUAGAGAUGCAGGUUGAUAUUAACAAGUAUAGGCAAUGGACAAAUCUCAAGGAUAAGUCUCUCCAAUCAACUGAGAAAGCAAAAGCACUGUCCAUCCAACAUGCAAUUAUCGCAACGAUACACUUUCUCAAGCAGUUCUACGGCUUCUCUCCGAGUCUCCAACUGAGGAACAUGUACUUACGCUGGAACCUCGCUAGAAAUUAUACCAUUGACAAUAGUGGGAUAGCCGAUCCUUUUGAAGUCACGGUUAUGACGCCUUUUUCCGUUGCAGCUUCAAAAGACAUAAUCCGUGAUCCACUUCCCCUCUCUCCUUGUUCCUCUCUUUUCUCGUCCAGCGAAGAGGAAGAGAAACUUGUUCACGAAUUAAUAAAUGAUUGCUAUAAUCAUCACCAUAGGUCAUUCUUUGGCAGCCUGCCCCCUGGUGUAUGCAAACUAUUGAACUAUGCUUCAGUUGCUACUAGUCUAUCUUAUAUAAGAUUAAAGGAUCUCGUCUCUAGGAAUCCUAUUCUGAUACCAGUUGCUCUUAAUCGUAUUUGCUUCCUCUUGCACACUGAGAUAUCGCACACUCAGGAUUAUGGUGAGAGGGAAUUACUCCUUCCUCUGAUACUGUUACUGAAAGAAUUGCUUAUGAUUGCUUCAGAGGUUGAUUAUAUUAAAGUGUAUCAGACUCUGAUGCCGUUUUACAUGUGGCCCUCAUCUCAUUCGGACACUGUGAAGGCUAUAUUGAACAUGGUUGGGAUUGAGAAGAAAGUCAAAGGCUCAUCAUACAGACGGAGGUUACUGAUGGAGCAUGAUUUAGGCUUAAAACUAAAGCAUAACAGACCCAAGAGUCAGUCAGUGGUGGUGCUAGUGGAUACUAGUCAUCCUGCAUCCCUUGGUCAUUAUCUCUAUCAGUCCUUCACCUACCAUCAAGAGAAACCGUCUUCAUCUUUGAUAAAGAAACUCUUGCUGAGGAGCGUACUGCACUCUGCUCCUCCUGAUACUAGUAUUGACCUAACUGAUUUGGACAAGAAGAUAUCUAGGCUAAGUGAAGAUCAACUAACCCAAUUGUGUGAGGAGGGAGUAGACAUUACUGAAGAGGCAGCUUUGCUUGAAACAAUACAGGAAGCAGAUCAAUUCCUCAUGACAGAGAUUAGCAAAUUGUCUCAAAGUCUGUCAACACUAGCUAUUGAAUCAGAUGAGCAGAGGGACAGUGCCUUUAGCUCAACAAGUGAGGAUCCUUGUCCUCCUUCUUUCCCUCUCCCUCCUCCAUAUAUGCCAGUCCAUCAGCUGGAGAGUGUCAACUUAGCAACAAUGAUGGAUAAAAUGAGAGAAAUCCUCAACAGGCUGCAAGAGAGGCCGAUUCCACCUGGUAACAGUGACUCCUCUUCACUCCUUGCUAGUUAUCCAAUGGGUUCUAUCACCUACCAAAGACCAGCUCUAAGUCAGACUAGUCUUGAUUCUACUGGUAGCGGAGCCCUCUUAGAAACCUCUUCCGCUACUGAAGUACCCAAUGGCAUUGGCCCACGGAGUUCAUUUGAGUUAACGUCAAUUAGUGAGCAAUGGAAUGGAGGGGGAGGAGAGAGUAGAGCCAAUGGGUCUGCACUCCGUCCCACAUCACCAGCUGCAAAGAGUGACCCUGGAGUCAGUGUACUACAGGUGCGUCGUCACUCCAGUCACACUCCGGCUCAUCCCGGUGAUGUUGAAGGUUUCAACAGUCAAGAUGAUGCCAGUGACACUAGUAGUCGUACCAGUGAAGAGGCUACCAGUAGGUUUUCUACCGACAGCCCCAGAAGUCGUCCGGUUCUCGAGAGACGUCACACCGAGAACUUUUCUUCGUCUGGAGGUCACCACCUGCCGGCUCGUCGGUCUACACUGGGUAAAGUACAGAUGGGGUCUUAUUCCAAUCAAGCCACAUCGCCUGUGUCAGGUACGGGGAGCCUAAGAGUCAAGCAAAGAGCCAAUCCCUCCAAUUCACUGAGACUAAAGAACAGGAGAAUACAACCGGUCGCUGCUCUCCUCUCGGGACCCCCGGGGAAAUCAAGAACAAUUAAGUUUGUGAUUGCUGGCGACGACGAUACGCUAUCGAAUGCGGCGAAAGCUUUCACACAACUUCGGAGUAAAGAGCCAAACUUGUUCUGGGGACUAGACAUUGAGUUUCAUUACCUGCCACUAUCACAGGCCAGCUCUGGACUAUCUGGCAGUGCCCCCAGUGCCAGCACUAGCUUAGGAUCGUCAACCGGCCUCAUUGACCUUCCUGAACCAGCUAAUGAGAAUAAGAGCCCUGAGCUUGGUGGAGACGUUUUGAUUGGUCGCUAUCUCUCACACAUGGACAGCUGGUACGAGCAGAAUGUGAUGCUAGCUAUACACAAUGUCAUGAGAUUACUACCCAAUGAUUCUUUAGCUAUCAGUAGACCUUUCUCUUCAGUUGAGAAUUUGGAUACAAGAUGGUCUGCCCCUCCCACUCCAUCAAGGAUUCUAAUUGAUAUAACGUCUCAUUACAUACGAGAAGCCUCUCAUUCUAUUAGAGUAAAGAUGUUCAAAGUGAAGUUGACGCUAAGAUCAGAGAAAUCAGUCAAAGGAUUCGAGCACCGAGAAAUGUUUAUGUUCCAUAGAUUCGAUGUCCAGAGACUAAGUGGAAAGAAAGGUCAAAGACAGGCUAAGCCGUUUGAAACUAGUCUAGUACUGACCGAGCUCUCACUGGAUAACAACUUUAUUAGAGGUGAACUCACCCAGCAUAAAGACGUAUGGAUCAUUAGUGGUUGCAAUAUACCACAUCCAAGCGAUACCAUUGUGUCCAAUCCAGAGAAUGAGUGUCUGGAGCUCUCAUUGAUCAAAUGUCAAGCUGAAGGUGGAAGACUAUCGCAAACUAAAUAUCGUGCCAAUGAAGAGACUCAGUAUCAUGUGUAUGAGCUACAAAUUGAAGCAAAGGACAAGCCACUAUCAGUUAUCAUUGAUGGAGAUGUUGCUAGUAUCACUGAGAAUGUAAUCAGGAUUGAAGUAGCGCCUGCUUAUAUUGAUCAAGGUAUCGUUGAGGCUCCUCUGAGACGGACUGAGAGACACGAGAGACAAAUGCAUUUUCCAAUAAUGAGCUUUUGGCAGGUCGACCUAUGACGUUGUAACCACACCCACCCACUACCGUGUGAAUAUAUUAUUAUUAUGAUAGUUUUCAUUAUUUGUUGGUGUUAUUUUAUUUAAGCGGUUGCAUUAAUUUUAUAGUAAAAAUUAUUACUAUUGUAUGAUGGUAAUAAUCACAAUUGGACGUUACUAUUUAUUUUUUUUUUCAUUUCUAUUGAAUUUUUUAUAUCAACUUGUGCAUUAUUAUUAUUAUUAUUAUUAUUAUUAUUAUUAUUAUUAUUAUUAUUGAUUAUUAAACUGAAAUAAUUUGUUAAAAUUUUUAUCGAGAGACAAUGAUAAAAGGAUACAGGA